GGGAAGGUUCGGCUCGGGUCGGCGGGCGAAGUUGCGCCGGGCGCGGCGGAGCGCAGCGGAGCCGGGGGCGGCGAGAUUCCCGGGCGCGCCCGGGGGGUCGUUCCGAUUUGAAGACUCAACUUUUCAUCGCCCAUUGGAUUAUGCCCAAGACUUUCCUACCCAAUGAUCCUCUUGCAACACUCAGCACUUCCUCCACCUAAGCAGCCCUCAUCCUCUCCUCCUAUGUCAGUAGCCACCAGGUCUACAGGGACUUUGCAGCUUCCACCACAGAAGCCUUUUGGGCCGGAGGCUUCUCUGCCUCUGGCGGGAGAAGAAGAGUCACCCAAGGGCGGGGAGCAAGACUCGGCUCUGGAGGAGCUAUGUAAGCCCUUAUACUGUAAGCUCUGCAAUGUCACCUUGAAUUCUGCACAGCAAGCCCAGGCUCAUUAUCAGGGAAAAAAUCAUGGUAAGAAACUCCGAAAUUACUAUGCAGCCAACAGCUGCCCUCCUCCUGCCAGAGUGAACAGCGUGGCGGAGCCCGUGGCGACUCCCGGGGUCCCAGGCCCCCCGCAGAUGGGCUCCUUUAAGCCUGGAGGCCGAGUGAUCCUGGCCACUGAGAACGAUUACUGUAAGCUCUGUGACGCCGCCUUUAGCUCCCCGGCCGUGGCUCAGGCUCACUACCAAGGGAAGAACCACGCCAAGAGGCUGCGGCUGGCAGAAGCCCAGAGUAACUCAUUCUCGGAGUCCUCAGAGAUUGGGCCACGGAGGAGCCGGAAAGAAGGGAAUGACUAUAAAAUGAUGCCGAACCGGAGAAAUAUGUAUGCAGUCCAGAAUAAUUCAGGUCCUUACUUUAAUCCCCGCUCACGACAAAGAAUUCCACGGGAUCUGGCCAUGUGCGUUACGCCAAGUGGCCAGUUUUACUGUUCGUUGUGCAACGUUGGAGCAGGCGAAGAGGUGGAAUUCCGGCAGCACUUGGAGAGCAAGCAGCAUAAAAGCAAGGUGUCUGAACAGCGCUACAGGAGCGAGAUGGAGAAUCUGGGCUACGUAUAGUGAUUGCUGUGUUCAGAGCAGUGUGUCCUGUUGUUGGCCUUCUGUCAAUGUGUCCUGCUUUGUGAUCCUCUGAUAUGAGUACAUUCCUAGCUUACUGUUAGUACAUGUAGCCAUGCAGUGGUACUGUGAGAUGUCAGAACUGGGGAAGGGCAAAGAACAUGCUUCUUAGGGUCCUCAGAUGUUUCGGGUUGGUUAUGUCAAGCUACUUAUUUAUUAGAGCAUGUUACCUGCCUACCCCGUGAGAAACAACAUUUUUAUUUUGACCGAGUUUAGGCCGACUAGUAGCUUGACCACGUAGAGCUUUAACUAUUUAAACUUGU